AUGUCUCUCACCCCACCGCCCAAAGCCCUCCUCUUCGACAUCUUCGGCACCUGCGUAAACUGGCGCUCCACCGUCACAACCGCGCUAUCACAAUGCGCCCACACAUCACUAAACUCCGCCACCGCAUCCCUAGCCUCACGCCUGCGCCUCCGCGCCUCAGAAAUGAGCGACGAACACUGGGGCCAAUUUGCACAACAAUGGCGAAACAGCUACAAGGCUUUUACAAAACAACUCGCAGCCGACCCAUCGAUACCAUGGGUAUCUGUCGACGACCACCAUCUAAGUGCACUCAAGAAACUCAUUACGGAGUGGGAAUUAGAGGGUCUAUGGGACGAGGAAGAGAUCCGCGCGUUGAGUCUAAUAUGGCAUCAGUUAGACCCCUGGGAUGAUUCAGUCGCUGGUAUGGCGUUAUUGAAUCAAGGCGGUUUUCACACAUGUAUGCUGUCGAACGGGAACUUGAGUCUGCUCUCCGAUCUACGUGCGUACAGUCGGAUACCGUUCACGCACAUUUUCUCCGCCGAGAUGUUCGUUUACCUGGGCGCGGCGGAGAAAUUGGGGCUUAGACCGCAGGAAUGUGCGAUGGUGGCUGCGCAUUUGAAUGACCUCAAGGCGGCGAAGGGGUGUGGGUUGAGGACUGUGUAUGUGAAGAGGGCGCAGGAGGAGGAUUGGAAUGACGAGGUGGUUGAGGAGGCGAGGAGGGAGGGGUGGGUUGAUGUGUGGAUUGAUAUGAAAGAGGGGAGUAAGGGGUUCGUUACUGUAGCGGAGAAGUUGGGUGUUAAGGUAGAUACGGAAGGGAUUAUGGAGGCUAAGAGAGUGGUGUCGCUUCCUACGAAAAUGGGUUGA